CAACGUUCUCUUCGCCGGAGGGAGGGCAAAGUUUUCUGACCUGUGUCUGAUUGGUUCUUCAAUGUCUCUGGAUCCUACGAAUGACGUUAUUGACAGGCUUAGGCAGCCGUCUGUCUGGAAAGUAACACGCCAACUGUGGGUUUGUAGACUUGGGUUAGAAGAUACUUUGGAGGGUCCUGUACUUGUGAACUCCCAAGUAAUUUUUUCCUUCUGCUUAAAGUCUAUUGAAAAAGGGAGUGAGGCAAAGGAGCUAUUGGGAAUCUAUGAAAAUGGAGUGGAAUUCCCUGUUAAUGCUCCUGGAAGCCGCGGAAUACUUGGAAAGGCGAGAGAGAGAAGCAGAACACGGCUAUGCCUCAGUGUUGCCGUUCGACAGUGACUAUACCAGGAGGAAAACUAAGACCAGGAAAUCCCAAAACAACCGGUCGUCACAUAAUGAACUAGAAAAACAUAGACGAGCUAAACUCCGGCUAUAUUUAGAAGAGUUAAAACAGCUUGUCCCUUUGGGAGCAGAUAGCACUAGACACACCACACUCAGUCUGCUGAAAAGAGCCAAGAUGCAUAUUAAGAAAUUGGAAGAGCAAGACCGCAAAGCUCUAAAUAUUAAAGAACAGUUACAACGAGAACAUCGCUACCUCAAGUGUAGAUUGGAACAGCUCUCCAUGCAGGGCCUGGAACGAAUUCGCACAGAUAGCCUAGGAUCAACAAUAUCCACAGAUUCUGAACAAGAGGUAGACAUUGAAGAAAUUGAAUUCAUUCCAGCUGAAAUGGACAGUAGUGGAGGUGCCAGUGAUGCUGAAGACAGUUUGCAAGGUAGCUCAAGUGAGAGUGGUUAUACACAUUCCCACAGACUAAAUGCCAGACUUGUGUAGUGGAACCGCUUAACUCAGGACGUUCUGACUGAAGCACUUAUACAAAAUAUUCCAGCUGCCAUUCUUCCAGAAAGCUUCAACCACAGUACUCCAAAAGGAGGUUUCUUGCACAGAGUUCCUGGAAUUAUAAUUAGUAUAAAUAAAUUACAGAUCAUGUGUUUUGUACAAGAUGUGUUUGAUACAGUUGUGGCUUAAAGUCCUUCAUGUAGCCACCGUUCAUUUUGGGGGGAUGGUGCUUGUUUAAAAAGUCUGCCCAAGGAGUAUAAACAUUAAAACUUCUAAUAAAAUUA